AUGACGGCCCCGUCGUCGGCCUUUACGGGCAUCAUCAUCGGGCUCGUGUCGUCGUUUGGCUCCAUCAUCCUCAUCGCCCUCGUCGUCUUUGUUUUCUGGGCGUCGGGAUGUGCAGGCUCGGGCCGCAUCCUGCUCGACCGCCUCGGUCGGCCGGGCGAGUACGACGACGAGCAGGCCUUUCUGAGGGAGGAGGCCGAGGCGCUCGAGACGAUGGACGACAUGGCACGGACCGAGUACCUGCGAGCCAAAGCCUUCAUCACGGCCAACCCGCCGGAAUCGCUCGAGACGGACAUUUCGCUGUCGCAGUACCUCGCCAUCCAGGAAAAGGGCGUGUCGGCGUGGGAGUUUGAACCGGAGCUUGAAAUCGCCAACUGCUUCGUCGAGGCGCGAACCGAGAUUGAAUUCUACGAUUCCGAAUGCACCGUCCUCAGCAACCUCCCCGUCCCGAAGCAGAACGACGUCUAUUACUGGGAGGCCAAAAUAUACGACAAGCCAGAAGGCACACUGCUCGCCAUCGGCAUGACGACGAAGCCGUACCCGCUCUUUCGCUUACCCGGCUACCACAAGUACUCGGUUGCGUAUCACUCAAACGGCUCACGACACUACAAUCAACCUUUCAGUCAGACACCCUACGGACCGGAGCUGGUCCAAGGCGAUGUCAUCGGCGUCGGCUACCGGCCUCGCACCGGCGCCAUCUUCUUCACGCGCAACGGAAAGAGGCUGGACGAGGUAGUGCACGGCCUGAAGUCGCAAAACUUCUUCCCCGCCGUCGGGGCCAACGGACCGGCCGUCGUGCACGUCAACCUCGGCCAGUCGGGAUUCGUCUUCAUCGAGGCCAACGUGAAGAAAUGGGGCCUCGCGCCGGUGACGGGCAGCCUCGCGCCCCCGCCCCCGUACGGCUCCGAGCAGGGUAGCAUCUUGCUCGAGACGGGCAUCAAGGACGGCAUCACGACCGGCCAGGGACACCAUCACCAUGCGGCGGCGGUCGGAUCGCCCUACCGACUCCACGGCAGCAGCUAUCACGGCCAGCACGGACGGUCGCGCAGCGGCAACUUCCGAAUCCUCCAUCCGACGAGCCCGGGCCCCAUCCGAAGCCCGACGGACAUUUCGCUCGCCCAGCUGGUGCCCAACGAGGAGGAGAACGGCGAGGCGAGCGGCAGCGGUGCGGCGGCGGGCCAGUCCCGAGGCGAGCAGCACGGCGAGGGAAACCCGUUGCACCUGCACCUCGAGGAUGCGACGAACCCGCCGCCCGAGUACGCGAGCCCGACUCUCUCGUCGGGCCGACGGUUCAGCGUCGACCAUGCAGAGCACGCGCCGCUUCUGGGCGCGAAUCACAGCCGCGGUGGAUCAGCGUCGACGGUGAUUCCGCUUCCGCGGGAGCACGGCCAAGACGGUCAAGGCGGACUCGGCCACGAUGACGGCCAUGGCCACGGUCACGGUCACGACCACGGUCACGACCACGGACACGACCACGGACACGACCACGGUCACGGCCACAACCACGGUCACGGCCACAACCACGGUCACGGUCACGGUCACCCUCCUGUGCCGACGUACCACGACGCCCUCCGGGAUGGCGCGGGGCAGCAGAGACGGGACAGCUCCCGAUCGUCAUCGAUGGGCAGCGGCAGCAGCGACGACGACGCCGACUGA